GUUAAACUGUUAUGGUUGACUGAAAUAACAUUUUGAUCAACUGAAUAGAAAGCUUCACUCAGACCAGGCUUCCCAUGAGCUAAGAAACAGAUCUGGACUGUUGGGAGUUGUAGAUCUCUGCAGUGUGAAGCGGGAGGCUUAAGAAGUUAAAGAACAUCAGCUCCAUACAACAUUAAGACAUUUGUCCUUCAAGAUGGACAACCACAUGGGGAAUAGCAGCAGUGGCCCAUCAAACGAAACAAUGAGUUCUUUGAGCAUUUUUACUAUUUUCCUCCAUGGCGUGUUCUCUUCCAUUGGCAUCGUAGAAAACCUCCUCAUCGUCGGAGUAGUGGGUUUCCAUGUCCGCCGCUCUGUAAUCAGCAUCUGGAUCCUGAAUCUCGCCGCAUCUGACCUGCUGGCCACCGCUUCCCUGCCCUUCUUCACCCUCUACAUGGCCCGCGGCCACACCUGGACGUUGGGUGCGACCUUCUGCCGCAUCCAUUCCUCCAUCUUCUUUCUCAACAUGUUUGUCAGUGGCUUCCUGCUGGCUGCCAUUUCUAUGGACCGCUGCCUGGUGGUGCUGAGACCCGUCUGGGCCCAGAACCACAGGAACGUCCAACUCGUGGUGAAGAUAUGUGGGGUGAUUUGGGCCUUGGCUGCGGUCUGCACUAUCCCCUUCUACAUAUUCCGUGACACAAUUGAAUAUAAAGGCAAGAUCCUGUGUUACUACAACUAUGCUCGAUUCCUUCCUGCUAAUUCCACUGCUUUAUCUAAGCAGCGCAAGGAGGCCUUGGCCUUCAUGAAGCUCUUUGUAUCCUUCCUGAUCCCUCUGCUAAUCAUCAUCCUCAGCUAUGCUGCUGUGAAUGCUAGCUUGGCGCGGAGAGGCUGCCGACGCCCUUUUCGUUUUGUCCGGCUUGUAGUGGCCGUGGUAGUGAGCUUUGUACUCUGCUGGGCGCCGUACCACUUCUUCAUCGUCAUGGAGGUGAUGUCCCCCGAUGGGCAUCCGGUACAUAAAUUUGCAGGCAAGGCACUCCCGACUGCAGCAACCAUCGGCUUCCUUAACAGUGUCCUUAACCCCGUUCUGUACGUGUUCAGCUGCCCUGACCUGUGCAAUAAGAUAAGACAUUCUCUGGGUGCGGUGAUGGAGAGUGUUCUGGCUGAGGAUCUGGCAGACCUGGCCCGACGCCGCAGCACUGUUCGCAGCUCUAUCAGCACCAACGAUGCUGAGUUAAGGAAGAAGAAUUCUAUUACAACCUUGUGUUUGAAAACAGACGAGAUAGCGCUGAGUGAAAAUCCCUGCUCAGAACAGAACGAAAAUGUACAGUCAAUCCUCUAACAGUGGCCAUGCUUUAAUUUUACAGCACAGAAAACUGGGCCUGAAUUUGCUUUUGAUGAUAUUUUCUGUUAAUGGAAACACGAAUCCAUGUUUACCUGUUGUCGUUAUAAAAUGAGCAUAAUGUACAUUCCAAAGCCUUACUCUCACCAGUACAAGAGUCAUACUCACCAACUUGCAACUACAUUCAUUCACCUCCCAUCGCUUCCUAAUUCCAUUUGUACCAUUUUGCUGGGGGUUUUAUUUGAAUCAACGUCAACUAAUUGUCACACACAUUCAUCCAUCAUCACACAUCCAUCAGUUUCAGAGCUGUUGAAAUGUGUGAUGAUGGAUGAAUGUGUGUGACAAUUAGUUUCAGGCACGUAGGCUCAGUGUGUGAAUGGGCGAAUGCAAUAUAGUGUAACAGCGCUUUGAGUGGUCGCAAAGACUAGAAAGGCGCUAUCCAAAUACAGAGCAUUUACAUUUCUAAAAGCCAUAGAUUUUAUAGAGAUGCAUUCAACCUGGCAUAAUCAAUUCUGUGUUGCAUUUCAUUGACGGAAACUUAAUCAUUUUCAAAAGAUCCAUCGGACGUUGUUGUACUAAUGGAAUAAGUGUCAUGGGAAUGUACAUUAUACUAAAAUUAUCAUGUGAACUUUUGGAGUAUAAGGCCCUCCUCAAAAUUUUCUACACAGUCUUUAUUAGCGACAGGGAUUUAUUUGUUUGUACUUUUGUUGAAUGGGCUAUACAUUAUUGCUUCAUUAUAGUUCAUUGCUGUGCAAAAACGCCAAGCUCUCACUAGAU